AUGGGCAUCACAAGGAACAUUACCAUCACAAGGAACGUUGACAUCAUAAAGAAAAUUGACAUCACACGGAACAUUGACCUCACAAGGAACAUUGACAUCACAAGGAACAUUGACAUCACAAGGAACAUUGACAUCACAAGGAACCUUGACAUCACAAGGAACAUUGACAUCAUAAAGAACAUUGAAAUCACAAGGAACAUUGACAUCACAAGGAACAUUGACCCCACAAGAAACAUUGACCUCACAAGGAACAUGGACAUCACAUGGAACAUUGACAUCACAAGGAACAUGGACAUCACAAGGAACAUUACCAUCACAAGGAACCUUGACAUCACAAGGAACUUUGACAUCACAAGGAACAUUGACAUCACAAGGAACAUGACCAUCACAAGGAACCUUGACAUCACAAGGAACAUGGACAUCACAAGGAACAUUAACAUCACAAGGAACCUUGACAUCACAAGGAACCUUGACAUCACAAGGAACCUUGACAUCACAAGGAACCUUGACAUCACAAGGAACAUUACCAUUGCAAGGAACCUUGACAUCACAAGGAACCUUGACAUCACAAGGAACCUUGACAUCACAAGGAACAUUGACAUCACAAGGAACCUUGACAUCACAAGGAACAUGGACAUCACAAGGAACAUUGACAUCACAAGGAACAUUGACAUCACAAGGAACAUUGACAUCACAAGGAACAUUACCAUCACAAGGAACAUUACCAUCACAAGGAACCUUGACAUCACAAGGAACCUUGACAUCACAAGGAACCUUGACAUCACAAGGAACAUUGACAUCACAAGGAACAUUGACAUCACAAGGGACAUUUCCAUCACAAGGAACCUUGACAUCACAAGGAACCUUGACAACACAAGGAACAUUGACAUCACAAGGAACAUUGACAUCAUAAAGAACAUUGACAUCACAAGGAACAUUGACAUCACAAGGAACAUUGACUUCACAAGGAACAUUGACAUCACAAGGAACCUUGACUUCACAAGGAACAUGGACAUCACAAGGAACAUUGACAUCACAAGGAACAUUGACAUCACAAGGAACAUUAACAUCACAAGGAACAUUGACCUCACAAGGAACAUUGACAUCACAAGGAACCUUGACAUCACAAGGAACAUUGACCUCACAAGGAACAUGGACAUCAAAAGGAACAUUACCAUCACAAGGAACCUUGACAUCACAAGGAACAUUGACCUCGCAAGGAACAUUUACAUUAUUAUCUACACUAGAGUUGCUACUUCAUAACAAUUGUCAUAACUAUU